AUGCCCGUUAUAUUCAUUGGAGGAAGCCCGAGGGUAACCAUCUUUUUCAUUGGAUUAUUUAUCUUUUUUCAAUUCUUUAAUCAAAUUUUGGAUUUCUAUUCGGGAGGACCCAAUGAUUCAUCAUCAUCAUCAUACAACAGUGCUGGCAGUGAUCAUUAUAGGAGAGAUUUAUCAGCCUACUCUGAGAAUCAAUUCGAUUCGAGAAUAUUAAAUUUGCCACGAAAAGUAUUUUCCAUUCCCAAUACUCGUCAAUUAUACAAAUAUAAGGUUUCACCUUCAGCGAUGGAUUCUAGACAGAGUAAUUACUUUUCAACCUAUUUAUUGUUAUCACCAUCAUCUCAUCAAGAGAAGGAAUUAAAUAGUAAUAUUAAUAAUAAUAAUAAUAUUAAUAAUAUUGGAAAAGCAGCUGCUGAUAUUUCCAAGUUGGUUAUUCAUGAGGAUACAGCUUUGAAUUCAACAUUUGAAUUUGUGGGAUCUAUUAUUAGAUUACAGCUUUUUAAUUUGAAGAAUGAAUUAUCGAGAGUUGAUACGGAAAUGUUGAUGAAAUUGGAGGAAGCUAAUAUUCUGAGAUGGGAACUUGCUGAUGAUCAACUAAUUGAAAAUUCUAAAGUUUAUUUUACAAAGAAGGGUUCUGCACACUAUAGAAAUAGAGAUUGCAUAUUUAUGGUGACAGAACGUGUUGAUAUUCAUGAAAGUGAUAGAGUGAAAACCUAUGUGGAGGCAAGGAAAAUAUGUCCACAGAAGGAAAGGAAUAGAAUUUUUAAUUUGUAUGAAUAUGGACCGGAAGUUACUAGUAUUUCUGAUACUUCAUUGGAUGAGGAUUGUGUAAUGGCUUCGUUCGUUAAUGAUUUUUAUGAAUAUCGAAUCAUUUGUGCAAAUGGAACAUUAUUACAGAAUGGACCACCUCUUCUCAAAAUGGACAAGACAAAUCCAAGAAUUCCAAGAAUGAAAGAUCUUCACAAUGUUUUAGCUCUUCAUGAGGUUAAGCUUCCAGACAAUCAAUUCUCAGUUUUGAGUUUAAAGGAGAAUGCUGAUGUUAUAGAUGUAAGAAAUCAACAAUUCCACUCCAUGUAUGAUAAUGAUUUCAAACAUGGUCCAUUAGUAGAAUCCAACACAUACAAGCUUAUUAAUGGCACGUGGGAAAAGAGCAGAAUUGACAAUAAUCUUCCAGGAGCUCUUACAGGAAUUCUUUCAAGAAGUGCUCAUCGUUUAUAUGAUGUUUACUAUAGAGGAAAGGAGAUUUCCUAUCAAAGUGGAGAUGGCAGGACAACUGUUUUCCCAGCUCACGGUGGUUGCAUGUACAUUUACAGACCUUCUGGAGAGAACCUCAGUGUUGACAAGACAACCUAUUACAGUUUUGUUGGUACAGGAUUUGGCUUGUACGAUGUCAGAUCAUUACAGGAGAGAUACUAUUCUCAAGAUCAAUUAACUUUGGCAGUUUUCGAGUCUCUUAAGAAACGAUUGGAAAGAUAUAACCAUCCUGAUUUUAUAGCCAUUAAUCAUGAUGGUUCUUACAUUGUGGUUGUUCAUCAAAUUGUAGGAUUUGUGUUCAAGAUUGAAGGAAAAGGACUCGCUCUCAAGUCCAUGUUAAACUUGAGAAUAGAAAGAGAAGGAAGUCAUUUAAAGUACUACUCUGCUCCAAUUCAAUCACUUACCUUUAUUUCAGAUAAUAACUUGGCAGUAAUGUUGGAUGAUGGCUCCAUUUCUGUUUAUGAUGUAACUUCUCUCGACUCUGAUAGAAAGGGAUCUACCUAUGGAAGCUAUUUCAAUUCUGAUUAUCACUCAAAGAAUUCUAGAGAUGAAGACACUAUUUGGGAUGACAUGUUUGAUAAGCCAGUAUUCUAUCUUGUUCUUAUCAUUCUAGUUGUAUGCUUUGUUUAUAAUGAAUUUUUGAUUAGAAAAAAGAUUCAAGCUCAUAGAGCAGCUUAUCAACUUGCCAGAAAUCAGCAACAGACUCAAACCACUCCAGCUCAGUAA